CAGCAUUUCUCAGCGUCGUCGCAUCCUGCCUCUUUCUGCCCUGGAUGACCACAGGACAGAAAGCCUUGACAUCAACCCUGGGCCUUGAAGGAAGCCACGGAGGCUGCCAUAUGAUCCCUCUAAGUAGCUCUGAACAAAAUGUAGGUCUCAUCGCCUGUCUGCUUCAGAGCACCUGAGGUAACGGAAGCUUGGAGCCCUCAGGCAUUGCUGCUUGCUCCUGGCGGACAGAGCUGCGUCCGGCCAAGCCCCGCGCAGGUGGCCCUCACCGGGGCGCAUCGAGGAGGCCUGGGGAGCUGUCGGUAAACAACGGGCUGCUUGGAGGCGUGCAAGCCAAGCCGCAGUGCUGUUUGGAUUUGUUUUUAGAUUUCUCAGUAGCAAUGGAGAUGGAGAUUACCGACGAACAGCUCCAGCUGGAGGCCUCAACUCCCACCGAUUUAUCUGACUUCUGCCCAGACUCUGAAAUGCCAACUAUGUCAAGGCCUGCACUUGAUGUCAAGGGUGGUGCCAACUCUGUGAAGGAGAAUGGCGACCAGGAGAUGACCUCUCUGGACUACUCCAACCUCGGGGUGAAGGAACACAAAGCAGUGGCCAUCCUGCACUACCCUGCGGUCAACUCAAAUGGAGCCAAAGCCAAUGGAGCUCCUGCGAGCUCCUCUGGAUCAGCAUCUCCAGGAGGCUCUCCUACUGCCAGCCCUUCUACCAAGCCCCCACCCUUCAACCUGCUCCCUGCCCCUCAUCUGCUGGCCAGUAUGCAGCUGCAGAAGCUUAAUAGCCAGUAUCAUGGGGCCGCUGCCGCUGCGGCAGCAGCUGCUGCUGCCACUCCAGACCAACCAGGGGAGGCAGGGCCCCUGCCAAACUGGGGCUUCGGGGUGGAAGAGGUGGAAGGGGUGGAAGGUUUGGAAGGGGCAGAAGGGGGAGAAUCAGCCACUCCUUCUGGUUCCCAGAGCCCUACUAUCAUUGAUUCUGACCCAGUGGAUGAGGAAGUGCUGAUGUCUCUGGUGGUAGAGCUGGGGCUAGACCGAGCCAAUGAGCUUCCUGAGCUAUGGCUGGGGUAGAAUGAGUUUGAUUUCACUGCAGAUUUUCCCUCUGGCUGCCGAUUCCAAGUGUCCCUAAAAAUUGAGGAACAAAGCCACCAAUUCAGUUGUAAAUAAAAGUUACUUGC